AUGUUGCUCCAGCUCAGAAAGGAAUUUCGCAGUGGCGGCAUGGCAAUGGCAGGAAACUUGCCGCGGAGCUCCGCAAGGCGCCAACGACAUAGAACUUGGCUAGCUUCGCCGAAAGCCAAAAAGACAAAAGCAAGGAGCAUUGCUCAACGGCAGAGCCACAGGAAAUCUGCUCGUCUCGGCAAAUCUGGGGAAAGCCUGUUACAAGGGCUGCACCAGCUUCUCCAGCGCUUGGACCAGCGUGUCCGCCGCUCGGUGCUGUCAAAGCGCUUCACAGAAGUGCAGCGCCGGGAGUUCGAGCGCUGGAUGCUGGCCCGGGGCGGUGAAUCUUCUGCAGUCAAAGCAGAGAUGCCCGGCCGCGUGUCCAAGGUCACGCGAAAGGUCAAGGCCCGAGACUCAAAGGCCUCUUUGGCGGCCGUGUUCCGCGACAAAGAGGGCAUUGCGCAUGUGCCGGGCCUGGUGGUGCACUCCAAGCUUGGAGAACAGGCGCGCUACUCUGCGAUAGUGACCAUCGGACGAGUUCGGCUUCUGACCAAGGAGCAUCAGAGUCUGGAGGUUGCGCGAGAUUUUCGCACUGCGUUGGUGGAUUUCAAGCAGCGCAUGGAGGGCGUGGAGCAAGCUGACUUUGAAGACAGGUUCAGAACCGUCCUGGUGGAGUGCCUUGAAGAGCAUGGACUCGAGCCGCGCGCCAUGGGAUUACGCUUUUGCGUCGUCAUGGCGUCACUUUGGCUGCCAAGGCCACUGGUGACGCCUCCAUUCCUGGCUGAGGGACAGGCCAUGGACGCAGGGCUUCGCGCCUGGAGACGCCUCAGCGAUGCACGAGGCCAUGUGCUCCGGCGUGGCUCUGUUCUCCAGGUCCUGAGCCCGGAAGAAAUUGCGGCUACCUGGGCACGCAUCCGCAGCUCCUACCUGGAAGCUGUUGCGGAGGCGGCCUGCAUAGCAGAGUGCAGCGAGGUCAAGUGUCGGAAGGACAUGGAGGCCGCAGCAUUCCGGUUGCAAGCUUUGGAAGCGGCACAGGGAGGCCGACAAGAAAAGCAGCUUGAACGCUGGAAUCGCCGGAAGAUGGCACAGGAGGAGGCCUUGCAACGGCAAGAAUCCAUUUACGAACCUGGCGCUGAGGAAGCGAGAAACCGAUAUCAAAAGAUCCUGAAGCGUGUGGACCGACUUCUUGAGGUAUGGUCCAGGAAGCGCCGUGCUCUGAGAUGCAUUCCGCUUUGA